UGGAUAGCACCUUCGGAAAAGAUGGGGGGUGGGGGAGGGGGGGCGCUACCGGAGCCUGACAUAUUGGCCUGGUCGCUGGGUGGCGGCUUCCGGUGCGCGAAAUGCCAGGGUUCAGGAGCCCCCGCGAGACGUGAGGAGGUCCGCGAAGAAGCGGAGGGGGCGCUGGCCGCGCCCAUCGAUCCGGGGCCGCCCAGGCGUCGCCGCAACAUCGGCCUCCUCCUCCGGCCGCUGCUCAGGCACCGGUGCGCCAAGGCUCGGGCUCAAGAAGAACAAAGGCUUCGAGACGGAUCCCCCGAGCUGCAGCCGGUCGCCGGCCCUAGCAUGCGGCCCACUGUGAGGGGGCCCCCGCAUCCCGCCGCACGACGACGACGACACUGCACCGGCGGCUGCCGCGAGGGAUGCUGCGAGGGGACGCGUCGUCGCCCGAGGCGGCAGGCGCGUCGUCUGCUGCCCUCGCGACGACGAGCCGCGGGCGGCGAGACGCAGCCGCCGCGGUCGUCGGGACGCGCGGGGGCCGAGCCGCGUCGUCGCGCUGCAGCGACUCCGAAGAGGACGAAGACGCGUGGUCGCGUGAGGACGACGGGUACGCGACGCCCCCGCGACUGCCGGGCCCGUCGUCGUGUGACGUGUCGCGUGACGACGACGACGACGACGAGGCGGGCCCCCAUCCUGCUCCGGCGCUUCCCCGCGAUCGACCGGCGGGAGCCGACGUGACGGGCGAGCGACGUCAGCGGCGCAUGCGUUGCUGCGAGCCGGUCGCGUCGAGCGCGGCCGCCGAUCGCCGCGGCGGCUCGUCGGGUCACGAGGCCGGGCCCGCUGCCGCCGCCGCCGCGGCCGGUCGCAGGGCCAUGCCGAGCGGCCUGAUGAAGCCGCUCGUGGUGCUUGCCUUCCCGGGCAUGUACCUCGUCUACAAGAUCACCGAGUUCAAGCGCCAGCAGCAGGAGCACAACCGGCGCAAGGUCACCGAGCGGGAGCUGGCGCACCUCAACCACAAGAUCGACAAGCUGCUCACGAAGCUGGAAGAGCACGAGCCGGAGCUGGCUACGAGCCAAGAAGAAGAGUGCGUGGUCUGCGUGACGGCCAAGGCGAGCAUGCAGACAUUCCCGUGUGGCCACCGCGUCGUUUGCCGCAAGUGCUUCGUCAAGACCAUCCAGGUGGCCGUGUCGCAGCGCGUGCUGCCCCUGCGCUGCGUCAUUUGCCGCACCAAGAUCGUGCGCCUCAAGCACUCGUCGCACGGCCACGCUACGCCCGUCACGCCGGGAGCACGGGCUCUGCUGGCACCUUGCGAAGCGCUGGGACAGACCCGACCAGCCAACCCCUGGCCGCAGGACCUGCGCGGCCCCGUAGAUCCCCUGCCCGCCAGCCACUACCGGCACAGUGCCGAAGCGUGCCGCUUCCACAGGCACCGGAGCUCCGGUGCCAGUACUUUCACGCUAGCGUCACCCGAGGCUGCCUCCGCAAGCAGCAGCAGCAGCAUCUCCAUCGGCCGCCGCAUCUCUUCGCCGCAACCAACCAGUUCAGGUGCCUCGAGCCCAACGUCGAGCUGCCCCGCGAGCCCCGAGGACGCUCCCGAGGUGCCCAGAGGGCGCCGCAGCGGGCUCACUCGAGCCGUCGUGCACCCGCCGCCACCCGUUCGUUCGCCACCAACGCAGCCACCGAAGGCCGCUUGUCCACCACCGCCAUUGCCGGCGCGGAGCCCGAGGACCCCGGUUCCCGAGUCUCCAAUCGGGACACCAGAGAAAGAAGUGACCAAGUCGAUGACGCCGCCGCCGAAGACACCGGCUGCCGCGAAGACGAAGAGUCCGGACGGAUCACCGAAAGAACGCUCCGCUCCUGCGCCGGCCAAGACAUCACCUGACCGGUCCGCUCCACCUAGGCUGCAACCUCCGCCGCCGGUCAAGUCACCGUCUUCGCCAACGGCGCCGUCAACAACGGCGAACAACGUGGGCGCGGCGCUGUGCCCGGCGGCAUUGUCCAGCGUGCUGCUGGCCCCUCCUCCUGCCGAGGUGCGCAGCCGCCGCGGCGGUCAGCACCGAGUAAGCCCGGCGGGCAGUAGCACAGCGCCGACGUUACUGCCGCUCACGGUGCGGCCACCGCCGCCCAAGCCGCGGCCGCCUUCGCGCUUCGAGAGGUUCCGCGACCAGCACGUGCGGCGCCCCACACUGCUGCUACCGAUCCCGGAGAAGGAAGAGUCCGAGGCGCUGCUCGAAGCGGCCUUCUGCCGCGUGGCGCCUGGUUCCUCCGACCUGCUGGUCAGCGCCUCUUCGCCCAAGAUCGUGCUCCAGGACCGAGCACCUUUGCUCCAGCCGGAUUCGCCGGACCGUCGCCGGACUUCGCUGCGCAGCCAGCUGCGUUCCAAGAUGGCGGGCUUUCCGAGUCUACUGGGAUCGCCGCUGAGGGCGCUGCGAGCCGGCGCACGCCAUAGGCGCGUGCCAGACGUCAACUAGACGCCAGCUUCCUCCGACCAACGGAGGCUUGAUUGCCAUGAGAGGAGGACCUCCGCGCGAAGGCCUCUCCUUCGCGACGGAGGUCCCCGAGGCCAGUCGCGGCCCCCCCGACGACAGCACGGCGAGAGGCCAGCGACGACCCUUCAAAGUAACCCCGCGGCCCCCGCUCAACAAGAGCCGCCACUCGCGCCCUGUAAGGCAGCGGCCGAGACAAGACACCGAGGACCAGACGCACGGCCCGGAGCUGCCCGCGGGGUCCAGCGGACGCGCACAACGAAACCAAGGCGACGAUAACGACGCCUGCUGGCUGGCAGCGCCCGAGGCUGCCUCGUGACGAGAACGUGCCAAAGAGGGGCCCCCCCUCCCAACCCCCUGGUGUCUGUACAUAGGCAAUCUUCCCGUAGUCUUCCCACAGAGUCGUCCACCCGAGUUCAGUAUUGAGUGUCGUGCAGCCGAGGCCGCGGCGGCCAUACCGCGCCAGUGACAUGCUGCAUAGGCGGGCGGGAGUGGCAUCGUAGGCUCACAGUUGGCGAGCUCCGUUGUCGACGUUAUCGGGGUGGUCAGAAUACGCGCCAGUGAACGGAUAUAAAGCCAAAGAAGCAAAACUGCCGAGCCGGUGGAAGUGUGUCUUCAAUCAGGGAAUAGGAUGAAUUGGCUUAAACUUUUAUGCUGAAGAGAGGGACCAGGAAGGUACCAGCACUGCGCCGACAUAGACGCUGGGAGGUAUUAAAUAAGAGCUAGUAUACAAGAGAAGGAAUUGCAUAGUAAUUGCCAAGACAUCUCGUGUGGCCUAAUACUGAUGGCUCAGAACGUGCGACAGCACAGGAUGAAUCGACUGUUUUCACUCCACUCCAUUAGACAGCAAGGUUUGCACAAGCUCCCAAUAUUAUGUUAAAUGGAAGGCUUAUUUCCUAUUCACGGCAUCCUCAUUCAAAGGGAAAUACAGAGGAAGCAAUUUAUGGCAGGUUCGGUGCUGCAUACACUGUUCCAAUGCAUGUUGAUCUUGGCAUUCUCCUGGAGCUAUUUCAAUUGCCACAUUCCUUCGCAUCAGCUUUCACUACCGGAAACAAAAGAAAGAAAAUGAACUGCUAGAGUCGGCUGCGCCUAUGAGCGGUUUGCAGAGCUGCGCUAAACUUUUCAGAAAGAAAAGCGUUAGAUGAAGGAGCCAGCUUCCUUCGAGCUUUCCAUCUGCUCGUCCCUCUCUGUAUCUGCGUGCUUCUUGGCUGCGAUGCCCGGAGAGAGAUCUCCCACCGAAAGAACACCGUCGAAAUGACAACGUCUCCGAAGCUGCAGGUGUAUUGAUAUAACGGCGGUUAUCCGCAAACACGUAAGGCCAGCUUCGUGCCGGCACUCGUCGGAGCCGUGUUGGGAUCAGCAGCGGUGUGGCGUCACUGGGCAGCAGCGCCAGCGUAUCGGAAGGGCGGGUUACAAGGAGACCACCCCACGGUCCACAUAGAGGACGAAGCCACGCGUAUAGCGGGUAUGUCGCCGCGCGUUUUCCGAAAGGCGUCCAGUGCCUACGACGCGGCCGUUCAACAGGGUGCAGAAGCACAUCAACCGGUAGAUCAAUCCACUCGUAUUAUGUCGAAAGAACUCGUUUCCGUUGACUCAGAGUCCUUUGAUAAUUUUUAUUGAAGAAUUACGGCUGACUGCGAACUAAACGGAAGUAAAGCCUCUCUAUGCUUUCAGGCCGGCCACUGUUACGUGUAGGAGUCCCUUCAGUAUUGAGUGUUGCUGUGAUCAAGACAAGUAUCAGCCAUAUGUAGGCAGGAUCGUUUACCUCGACUCGUGCUACCGUAAGAGCUUCGGUAUCUGCAAGGGCGCACUAGAGGCCAUUGAGCGAAUAUAUAAGGAACACUGCUAAGAUACAGGAUCUUUCGGUGACAAGGAGACAAAACCGGCGACAUGUCCUGCUUCGCGUGAGACCACCCGUUCAAAGAAACCCAAACUCGGGGGUCUGGUUGUAGGUGGCAUGGUAGCGAGCUCAACGUAUAAUUUUUUUUGUGUGUGUGUCACGUUGGGCCAGCAGCGACCACCCUCCGAUGUGCAGGCGCGGCCGCCGCGGACCUCGGCGCAGUCGGUGUGCCUUAGGCCAGUGCUCCACCGUCGGAGUCCCCCACGCUCUUCAGGACUUCUGAAGACACGUCCACGCUGCGCGCUCUUACAAGGCAGUCGUAUUAAUUCGGUCGCCGCGCCGCGCUGGGGCGACGGCACUUCGCUGACGCAGUCUGCGUGCUUCUAGACGCAACGUCGCACAGGUCGACUGACGCCUACAGUUUGCCAAGUACGGCACGAUGAGUGUGUACGGGUUGUCGGUUCACUUGCGUGACGUCACGAUUCAAAGCUCGAAGGCUUCGUGUUAUCUGUAUGCGUGGUAUGGGUUGGAGUCGGGCCCAGCACACUUGCUCCGAAGAAGGCGUGACAGCCAGGCGCAGCCUGUGACAGGCGUUCCUCCCGAUAUCUCGUUGCCCUAAGCUGCUUCUAGACAGUUAACUAUACAUAUAUAUAUAUAUAGUAUCGCAAUUUAGAGUCGACCUGUAUUUUAACGAUACGAAACUAACCGGUGUACUCGGUGGGAACGGUUGUUACUGGUGGUAAGCUACUAAAUGGACGGAGGUGCUGAAAAUGAAACUACAAUGAGUGUGGUCGCUCUUGUUGCCAGAGGGCAUCGUGAAACUGGUUCAGCAUGGGAGCAAACUAUCGGCGGCUUUGCUGGUGAAGUUUCCUUUUGUCUUCAGGGUUGGAUGGAGCAUGCAAGGAUAAUGAUAGUCACCAAUGAACGCGGGCAUCCGCAUUUCAGCGCGUCAUACCACUCAAACUCUGGCGUGUCUGUGGAUAUGAGAAGAAAAAAAUACAGAUGCCAGAAUCGCAUAAGAAAUGUUUGACCGGGCACAAUACUCGCCGAUCCCAGGCUCUCAAUACCCAGCUGUGCUUUUCCUGCUCCGUUUUGAGCAGCGGACAUACUCUCAAACAGGGAAAACGCACGGACGCGUGCCGAACGAGCAACGCGCUCUCAAAACGACAUCUCCACUAGUGCGUGAAGUUGCUUGCAGCCUGGAUGGGCAGAAUAUGGCGUAAGGUAACGAUAAAACUGGGCGGCAAGGAAGCAUUACAAACUAUAAUUUUGCAUUUUAAACAGGAUAGAUGUUAUAACGAGCGCCCUCAACGGAGAUAACACGUUCUCCUAAAGCAGCGCAUUUACAGAAGGUACACUGCGUUUUAGGCGUUCGCCUUUGUAUCUCUUGAGGCGUUGUUGUUUUCCAUGGCUCACAAAUGGAGUUCCACGUUGCCCAAAGGCAGAUGAAUUAUACGGGACGUCACAAUGGGCAAGAAGCAGCAUUUUUUUAAAAUCAGCAUAGUACAACUUUCUCUGAACUGCCACACACAGUUUGUACGAGUCGCGCGUGCUUUUUUUUCACGCCGACCUGUACAGCGUUUUCCUAUCGGGAGCGAUGGAUUCCCGAAGACCCGCUCGAAUGCACACUUCGGUGCACGCUUGCGCACGAACAUCGACGCGUUCUCGCAAUUCUCCUACGCCACUGGCGAUUCACUGCGCGGUCGCACUCGAUUCCGCACUUAUCACGCCUCCUUUUUUUGUUUGGCAUGCUUAGGGCGUAGCCUUCACGUUUAAUACUAUAUCUUCCUUCGUCAGUUACAACAUCAGUUUAAGGGAUGCAGCCUCAAACAUUUUGCCGCAUUAAUUACUGCUCCCUGACAAAACAAUACUACGACAUACUCCAGAGUCAUCGCCCACCCCAACAACGCCUAUAUUUCGCUCGGGAAUAUUUCAUUGUAGCCUCUUCCUUGGUGGUGUUACGGCAUCUCACCACAAACAGUUAAUCGUCUCAGCGUGAACAGUUAAUGAACGGAACAGAGAGGAAUAUAAGCCAUGACCAUUACUCGACUAACAGCCAUGACCCUUGCUUGGAAACUAUCUGUCGCCCCAUGGAGGAAUUUUCAUGAAGCGUGGUCAUAUCGGAGAGUACUACAGCUUGCUUCGGAGAACUCAACGGUUUUUGAAGCGCUGCUUAUGCAGUACCAUUUACGGAUGCAACUGGUCGAUCUAGCUCGCAUGUACUUUAUGCAUGCAUUCGCGUGGAGAGUGUACAGGUAAACAACAGCCAAAUAUCCGUAUAACCUUGUCAGUGCAGUAGCUCCAGUGUUAAGGGAUGGGCAAUAUCUUAGCCUACUUCACAAAAAAAAAAUGAUAUUCUCCGGAAAUGAAGGAUAUGAAUGAUCUCAAGAAAUGGGCGAUGACUCGGGAUAUCACGGUAAUUUAAUGAUAAAGAAAAGAGAGAAAAAAUAACAUGCAACCCUCGCUUCUCUGUCGUUGCCUCUUCGGCUAUAAUUGCACAAACGUGCGCCUAAGCAAAGCCUAACAAUGUAUGAUUCACGAUCAUCUUCCACUGUUAUAUAUAACGUUGUGGUAGGCACCGUGAACCCCAAACAAUGUGCAUUUAUUACGACGUUAAACACUAAAAAUAUUCCAGGUCAGGACGUGGGCGAUCAGUCGUUCCAGUAUAUGCGAUGUGCUGGGCCUGCUCACCAGCGCGGUGCGGGCGACCGAAUUCCCUUGGGAGCGCAGCUGACCGACGAGCGUGGGGACCUCUAACGGUCUCUAUCUCUUUCUUCGCGGAGCGUACAGAGAUGCUAUAUACACUCACUACACACUGUUAUUCUACGGGGGCAAAUAAAGGAUGUUAGAGAAAGAAA